UACACAAAAUGGCGGCCAGUCUGUGGUAUUUGUCGUGAUUAUAAUUUUUUUCCUUUUCUUUUUUCCCUCUUUACAAAGCAUGUCCAUCGUUUCAUGGGCGUGCGAGUACUUUAUUUCUGCAGUUAAAAUGGAAUACUAAGCAUAUUAUUGAAGAAUAUUUGUAUUAGAAGAACCAGCAUUUAUAGAAUCAAGUCGGGCAUCAACUUCCCGCCAAGUUCAGAAAAAAAAGUGUUUACAUUCAAACUCGUAAAACAUGAGUGAAUUCAGAAUCCAUCACCAUGUCUCCGAGCUACUCUCUCUUCUUGGGGCUUCAGGAGGGGAGGGACCCAAGGUCUACACAGAAAUGCUGAUGAAAAACAUGACACCUUAUGUUACAACACAGGUGUCGGCUCAUACAGCAAAGCGCAAGAUUGCUGAGUGUUCAACUACACCAAGAGAAUUUCUCAAGAAAUAUGACGAGCUUAAAUCUAAAAAUGUCCGUGAGCUAGACCCUCUUGUUUACUUGCUUUCCAAACUUGUGGAAGACGAACAGGUAUAAUGGAACCGCCAGACUGAAAGUCUAAAACCCUGAUUUUUUGCCAGUCAUUUAUAUAGCAAUAUAUAGUCAUUUAUAUACCUCUGUUGAGCAGACACUUUUUACAGUCCCACCUUUAUAAGCAGUAUUUAUACCUUUACAGUGUACAUACAUCUUAUAGAAAUAAUUGUGGUUUUUAGAUGUAAAUGAAAAGCUUCUCUGUCUUGAUAUAAUGUAUAAAAUCUCAUAUGUACUGUA